CGCAUGCUCUUUGCCACGUCGAUCCGUCCACACUGUAGUUCUUCUUUAGGGCAGCGAUAGUUCUUCGGAGCAGCGGUAGCGGCACAAGUUCGUCGCGACGAUCGUGGGAAUGCCGGUUCUUUCCAGCGAUUCGCGCUCGCUUAGCGCGCCGACUGAUUGAUGGAAUAAGCUCUGGAGGUGAGGGGGAUGGGGGAUUUGAAGGCGCCGUUGCUCGGCAGGGAUCGCGAGCGGCCAUCGCUGCUCGUCAUCGACCCCAAGAAACGAGCUCUUGGAGUCAGGUCCUGGAUUAGAAUCGAUACAGCCGGGAACUCUCACGUUCUUGAGGCCGACAAGUUCACGGUAAUGCGGCGCUGCCAGCUCCCAGGUCGUGAUCUUCGCCUGCUGGACCCUCUGUUCGUGUAUCCGUCCACCAUCCUGGGGAGGGAGAAGGCGAUCGUCGUGAACUUGGAGCAAAUCCGGUGUGUGAUCACCGCGGAUGAGGUACUGGUGCUCAACUCGCUGGAUAGCUACGUGUUGCAGUUCGUGAGUGAGCUAAGAAGACGCAUAGCUCCAAACAAGCACAUCAAUGCUGGGACUUUCGAGUGGCGAUCUCCGGGAAGUAAGAAGAUUGAUGUGUCGAGCUACGAUUUUAAAGAGCCCAACAGCUCCUCUCCCCAAGCAAACCAUCACGAGGAACUUUUGGAUGGUUUGUCCGUGAACGCGCUGCCGUUUGAGCUGAAGGCACUCGAGGUUGCUUUAGAAACGGCUUGCGUGGUCUUGGAUGCACAGACUGCAGAGCUGGAAGAUGAAGCAUAUCCUCUGCUGGAGAAGCUUGCGUCGAGGAUCAGCACCUUGAAUCUGGAGCGCGUUAGACGACUCAAAAGUCGGCUAGUUGGCUUGAAACGUCGAGUGGAACGGGUUCGUGAUGAGAUCGAGCAGCUCAUGGAUGACGACGAGGACAUGGCGGAACUCUAUCUUACCAAAAAGAAAGAAGCUGGAAACGUGUUUGCGGUAAUGUCUGCGUCCGCGCCUGUCUCACCUGUUGGUUCUCCACAAGCUGCACGGACUUUAGAAAAGCUCCAGAGCAUUGGGAAGCACAAGCUGGACAGAAUGAACUCCGAAAGUAACGCAGAGGGAGUGGAUGAAGUGGAGAUGCUUUUGGAAGCCUAUUUUGUGGUGGUCGACGGGAUUCUCAACAAGCUGACCUCUUUGGAAGAAUAUAUCGAGGACACGGAAGACUUGAUCAAUAUUAAUUUGGAUCAUGUUCGGAAUCAGCUUAUUCAGUUCGAGCUCAUUCUGACCACGGCAACGUUUGUGAUGGCGUUCUAUAGCAUCAUUGCUGGCAUUUUUGGUAUGAACAUUCCACUUCCCCUGACGGAUCGCCCUUGGGCUUUCAAGUGGAUCAUCACUGUCUCCGGGCUCGUUGGAGUUUUCUUCUUUGCUUCGGUCAUCCUCUUCUUAAGAUGGCGCAAGCUGAUACCUAUCUAGCAUGUACAGCGCUGUUACCCUGGCUUAUUCUGUUUAGGGAGCCAGGUCAAGUGUUUUCAAUCCUUAUCUUACUUUCUUUUGUUUA